GAGGAAGUGGAGAAGUGAGGAAGUGAGUCGCUGGAGGACCGACCGGACAGUUGCACAGUCACAGGUAUCUUCUGUCUCCUAAACAGCCGCUCUGCGUCAAACAGUCCUGACUAUCGUGUCCAAAAAAUGUCCAAAAACGCCCUUUCCGACCGGUUUAGGAAGGUAGACGUCGAUGAAUACGACGAGAAUAAGUUUGUGGACGAGGAAGACGGAGGAGAGAACCAGGGGGGUCCGGACGAAGCAGAAGUAGACUCUUUGCUCAGACAGGGGAACAUGAAUGCAGCUCUCCAAGCCGUGCUAAAGAAUCCUCCAAUCAACACCAAGAACCAGGUCGCCAAGGAGCGGGCCGAGCAGCUGGUGGUCCGGGUGCUGAGCGGCUUUAAGAGCAGCGACAUAGAGAAGGCCGUGGGCUCGCUGGACAGAGCCGGCGUGGACCUGCUGAUGAAGUACAUCUACCGAGGCUUCGAGACGCCGUCGGACAACAGCAGCGCCGUGCUGCUGCAGUGGCACGAGAAGGCUCUGGCGGUGGGAGGAGUGGGCUCUAUUGUCAGAGUCCUGACUGCCAGGAAGACAGUCUGAUCUUCGCAGAAUGUCCUUCGGCAUUGGACAGUAAUCUGGCCAAACACACCGUCACCAGGACUUCCUGUUUCUGGACAUGAGUCCCGUUUAUUUUCAUACUGAAGCCGAGUGUCCUCUGCAGUUCUGUCUCCUGUUUCUUCUUCUUCCGCAUUCACUGUUUUCAAUCAUACCUCUGGAAUUUAGAAGUGCUGGCUGGCAGGCAGACGGAGAGACAGACAGGUGCUGGCACCUUAAACUGUCUCUGUCUGUCUGUGUGUCAGCCAUGCAGAGAGAACAGACACAUGAUCUCCAAAGCAGCUCUACGCUCUUUUUCCAAACUGCCUCACUGCUACGUUGAUGCCUUAGCCCUCCUCCUCCUCUACUCUCCCUCUGUCCUCCUCCUCCUCUACUCUCCCUCUGUCCUCCUCCUCCUCUACUCUCCCUCUGUCCUCCUCCUCCUCCUCUACUCUCCCUCUG